AUGGCUUUAUGGUUUACAUCGCCACAAUUAGGUAAUCGACGUGAUAUACAAAUAACUAAUUUUCAAACGAAUCAAAAAUAUACUGAAUAUACAAUUGACAUAUGUCUUGAUGAUAUACGUUGGCAAGUAAAAAAACGUUAUAGUGAAUUUGCUGAUUUUCAUGAAGAAUUAAUAAAACAUAUUCCAACAAUUGAUGUUAAAAGUUUACCACCAAAAAAAUUAUUAAAUAAUAAUUCACCAGAUUUUAUUCAUCGAAGACGUUUAGCAUUAGAUAAUUAUUUAAAAUAUUUAUUUCAAUUUUUUACUAUAAAUUCAUUACAAUUACCUGAAUGUUUUGUUAAUUUUUUGGAUUUUCAUCUUUAUGAAGUUCAUGGUAUUGUAAGAAAAUUAGCAGAAGAAUUAUUUUUAAAUGGUGAUAAAAUAUUAUCUGCUCCUGGAAAGAAACCUUUUUCUAUAAGUCCACUUCAAAUGCAUGCUAUUACUCGACGUAUCAAAUUAGCUGAACCACCUUGUGAUAGUAAUGAUCCUGCGAAAGAUCUAAGUCAUAUUCUCGAUUUCCUAUGUCACGUCAAGUAUGUACAAAUUAUUGGUAGUCCUGAUAAUUUUGGUACAAGUACAAUAAAAACGCAAUUUCUUUCAUUUGAUGUUUCAUUUUUUAAAUCUGUUGAAGAACUUAUACUUGACUGUGUUCAAACCAGUCAAAUAACUGGUAUCGAUAAUCUUAAAAAAACUGUUCGGCAUUUAUCAAUUCAUCGUAGUCUAACAUCAAUUCGAGAAAUUGCAUUAAGUUCACUUACUGAAAUUCCACCAUCAUCAAAUGAAUGGUUAAUUAGUACAUGGAAAUUUGUAACUCAUCUUGAUUUAAGUAAAAAUUCUCUUCAUUCUCUUGAUGAAUCAUUGAAAUUAUUUUGUAAAACUGAAUCGUUAGAUUUAAGUUAUAAUCUAUUAGAAACUAGUAUAGAUCAUUUACAGCAUUUGCAUUUUCUUCAAAAUUUAAAUUUAUCAAAUAAUCGUUUACAUGAUGUCUCAGAUUUUAAUGCUCGAGUUGGUAAUAUACGUUCAUUAGAUUUAUCAUUUAAUGAAUUAAUAACAACUGAUGGUUUAUCACGUUUGUAUUCAUUAAUAACAUUAAAUUUAACUUCAAAUAAAUUAGAUUCAAUUAAAAAUAUUGAAUCACUUGGAAGUUUACCAUGUUUAGAAAAUCUUUGGUUAAAAAAUAAUCCAUUAACACGUAUUGUUGAUUAUCGUAUACGUGUAUUUGCUGUUUUUUAUAAUCGAGCAAAAGAUGUUUGGUUAGAUGGACAAAUGCCUGAUCAACGUGAAAUCGAUCGAGCAGCUGUUAUUAGUGCAAUGAGCCGAGCUAAACAAAAUGAAGCUGCACAAGCAACAAUGCUUGUUCGAAAAGCUUUAUCACCAACAAAACCUAUUUCACUUCUUUCAUCAUCACUUUUACGUCAAACAUCAACGAAUACUAUUAAUAAUAUUGCUUCAUCUUGUCCAAGUAAUUUAUCAAUUAUUGAAAAACAACCUGAUGUUGUACUUGACACAACAGGGAGUAAUAAUACAUUACCAACAGAAAUGACGAAUACAAAUUAA